AUGAACUUAAUCGACUUACUUCUAUACCUAACUUCUGAAGGAUCAGACUUUCAUAGGCUUGGGAACCCUACGCAGCAAGAGAAUAUAUAUCUAGAGAGACUGGGGGGUAUUGGUGUAAACAAAAACUCCCUUCUCACAAAUGGUCUAGACAUGAGAGACAACUCAAGUACAAAUGGUGAUACUCAGCAUCUCAGCUGGACUGUCAGAACCUUAUCUCAGUCAACUGUAGCAGUUUUCCACUGCAUUAACAAGGGAAGAUGA